AUGGAGUUGAACAAAGUUGUAACUACCCCACCUCCUGUUUACCCUGUUUUAGCCAGUCAAACACCCAUUUCUUAUACAACAACCGCUACAACUCAUCAUGUACCGGUUGCAAAAAAAAAGCAUAAAUCAAGUAGUAUUCCACUUUUAUUAGUGGGCCUACUGAUUUUGAUUACGAUUGGACUGUCAGCAGCCAUACUGGCCAUCGUUCUUAAGAAAACGAAUGACAACAUUAAUGCUAGCAACGGUACCAAUAUCAUCACUGUAUCGUCUAGUUCAAAAACAUUAGUUGAUGCAAUAAGAACAGAUGAGAUAAUGGCUCAUUUAAGACAAUUACAAGAUAUUGCUAAUAAAGCAAACGGAACUCGUGCGAUUGGUACAAUUGGAUUUAAUAACACUAUUGAUUAUAUUCAUAACUAUUUAACACAAAAUACCAAUUUAUUAAUACAACGAGAUUAUUUUCCCGUAUCCAGUUUUACACUUAAUCGUGAUCCAAUAUUAAUUGCAGUUGUAAAUGGUAUUCAACAAAAUUAUACAUAUAGAGCAAACUUUACAUUUAUGCAAUAUUCAGCUAGUGCCAGUUUUUCAUCACCUGUACGUGUCACUAACAUUCCUAAUCUCGGUUGUUCUGCUGACGAUUGGAACAACGCAAGUCCUCAUCCGGCUCGAGAUAGUGUAGCACUAGUCAAACGAGGUGAUUGCGCUUUUGUUGAUAAGAGUGAUUUAGCCGCUCAGUAUGGUGUAGCUGCUCUGCUGCUAUACAAUGAUGGUGCAAGCCCUGAUCGACUCCAGCCUGUUGCAGCCAGUGUGUCACAGGGAACCACAUUUCCCGCUCUAUUUCUCUCCUUCGGUGUUGGUACAAAUCUGAGUUUGUCUGCAGAUGAUAACUCGUCCAAUGUAGGCGUUCUGAUUAAUAUUGCAGUUAAAGAUGAACCACCACAGUCAAUUGCGAAUGUAUGUGCUGAUACACCGACAGGAGAUAAAACAAAAACCAUUGUCGUUGGUAGUCAUAGUGACAGUGUGCCAGCUGGUAGUGGAAUUAACGAUAAUGGUAGUGGUACUUCAGCUAAUUUAGCUUUAGCUACCAAUGUUGCAAGACUUCUUCAAACUGCUGACUAUAAAAGAUAUCAAUAUCGCAUUCGGUUUUGUUGGUGGGGUGCCGAGGAAGUUGGAUUACUAGGUUCGACAGAUCAUGUGAAUAAAGCUAAGAAUAAGACUGAAGUAGGUGAACGUAUCGAAGAUUAUCUUGUUAAUCUGAACUUUGACAUGUUAGGUUCACCAAAUUUCAUAUUUGGUGUCUACGAUGCGGAUACCGCGAACAGAAAUACUACGCCUGCACAUGCCAUUCCUGGUAGUCAAAAGUUGACUGAUCUAUUUAGUGAGUAUUUCAAAAAGAAUUCACUCCCAUGGACCAAAACUGAUUUUAGUGGCCGGAGUGAUUAUGGACCAUUUUUGGCUGCUGGUAUAACAGCCGGAGGUUUGUUCAGCGGCGGAGAUGAUAUCAAAUCUCAGAAAGAACGCGAUUAUUAUGAUCAAAUGUUAGGCCAAGGCCAAGGCGGAAUAGUGGAAGCGAUACAUGAUCCGUGUUAUCAUAAACAAUGUGAUACUAUACAGAAUAUCAAUCCAUUUGCUUAUACAAAAAUGGUCCAUGCAGCUGCGUAUGUUUUAGAAUUUCUCGGUCACCACGAUGAUUUACAAACAUGGUUAUAUCCUCCAAGAGAAAUUGAACUAUUAGAAAAAUCAUUAUUGUAUAACUCAAAUAAAAGCAAAUAUUCAGCAUUAAGUGAAUUUUAUAAGAAGCACGAUUUAUGA